AUGGCUCCUCCGGCGACCGAUCCGGCGAAGAUGCAACAGAUCCAGCACUUCCUUUCCUCCGUGCUCUCCCAGCGUGGCCCCUCCGCUCUCCCGUACGCCGAGACCACCAAAUGGCUGAUCCGACAACACCUCCUCAGCCUAAUCUCUUCUUACGCUUCCCUCGAGCCCAAAACGGCGGCGUUUACUCACAACGAUGGCCGCUCCGUGAUCCUCCUCCAGGCCGACGGCACAGUCCCGAUGCCUUUCCAAGGCGUCAGCUACAACAUCCCCGUCGUCAUCUGGCUCCUGGAAUCAUACCCUAGCCACCCUCCUUGCGUCUACGUCAACCCCACGCGCGACAUGAUCAUCAAGCGCCCUCACUCCAACGUCUCUCCUUCCGGCCUCGUCUCUCUCCCCUACCUCCACAACUGGGUUUACCCUAGCUCAAAUCUCCUCGAUCUCGCCGCUCAGCUCAGCGCCGCCUUCUCCCGCGAUCCGCCGCUUUACGCUCAGCGCCGUCCCCAUCCGCCUUCGCCUUCUCCUUCGAUCGGAUCCGGAUAUUCGCGGCCUCCUCCGUCUCCAUAUGGCCACCACCAGCAACAGCAGCAGCGUACGGAUGAUGCGGCGGAGGUUUACAAGAAGAACGCGAUCAAUAAGAUGGUGGAGAUGGUUCACGUGGAUCUCGUCACGAUGAGGAGUGCCUGA